AUGGGGAAGCUAGUUGUGUUAAACAUUGGAUACAAGUGGCAUGAGAAGGCUAUGUACAAUGACCAUCCCUUGUGCCUUCACACACCAAAAAUUUCAGAUUCAAGUAUUCAAGAAAGUCUUGAAUACCAACUGGAUGCCAUUACUUCACAAAAUCUUACAUAUUGCACCCUUAACUUUGAAGAGUCAUCAAUGACAAGUCUCCCCAAAAUAUACUGGCAACUGCUCACCGUAAUGGAUAAAGGGAACACCCCAAAUAUUAUAAACUGA